CGGCCUCUGCACCCCCGCUGCGCUGCUGACUGGGAGCCGCCUGAGAACCAACCUGCUCAGAAGGCUCCUGUUGCAGAGGGCUUGCUUUUCCCUCGCCUCUGGUGAAGGCCUUGUGGAUUACAGCAUGGGAAGAUUGACCAGGAAGAACGCUGAUGAUCCCAGGAAGAAGCCUCUCUUUGUUCUUGCCGCUGUCUUGUUGCUCAGCUCAGCAUGUGCAGGGCAUGAGACCUAUGUCCCAGCGCAGCCCUGCUCUGACUUUCAGACUGCAAGCUUCUUACAGGGCAUGAAACUUAAGGUCCAGUUUCUUCUGUUCACCUCCUCAAACCCCAGCUGUGGGCAGCUGAUAUCACUUGGCGAUGGCAUCAAGAACUCCAGCUUCAAUACUAGCCUGGACACCAAGAUAAUAAUUCAUGGCUUCACAGCACUGGGCAAAAAGCCCUCCUGGAUCAAUGGACUCAUGGGUGCAUUAUUCCGAGCUGCCAAGGUGAAUGUGGUCGCAGUUGACUGGGUUAAUGGAGCUACAAGAACCUACCCUGGUGCUGUGGAAAAUGUCAUAGAGCUGAGCAUAGAGAUCUCUCUUUUCAUCAGCAAGUUGCUGAAACUCGGAGUGUCAAGGACAUCUAUCCACCUCAUUGGGGUGAGCCUUGGAGCACAUGUUGCAGGUCUGGUGGGGCAGUUCCAUGGAGGCCAGCUUGGAAGGAUUACAGGGCUGGAUCCUGCGGGGCCCAAGUACACAAAAGCCGGCCGUGAGGAGCGCCUGGAUCCUGGAGAUGCUCUCUUUGUGGAAGCCAUUCACACCGAUACAGACAGUUUUGGCAUCCGGAUUCCUGUAGGCCAUAUUGAUUACUUCAUCAAUGGAGGCAAAGACCAGCCUGGAUGCCCCCGGUUCACCUCAUUAGGGUAUAACUAUCUGAUCUGUGAUCACAUGAGGGCGAUACAGCUCUAUGUCAGUGCCCUGGAGAAUUCCUGUCCUUUGAUGGCGUUUCCAUGCUCAAGUCAUGAAAAUUUCCUUGCUGGCCACUGCCUGGACUGUAUCAAUCCUUUCCUGCUCUCCUGUCCCAGAAUAGGGCUGUUGGAGCGUGGUGGAGUCAGCAUGGCAAAGCUCCCCGAGGAGAUGAAGGUUUACUUGGUGACUGCCUCCUCAGCCCCGUACUGCAUGUACCACAGCCUGGUGGAGUUUCACUUGCAGCAGAACAGAAGCUUGGUCACCAAACUUGAGAUCACCUUCCGCAGCAGCAACUCUACAGCCAGCGUGAAGAUCACCAUACCUAAGCAGCAGCAGCUGGGCAAAGGGGUGCUGGCUCACCCAGUCCCACUGUGCCAGAUAGAGGCGGUGACGCUGAAGUAUCUCCCCAAGUUGCACAUCUGGAAGAAGGACAAGGCUGUCAUUGUUGGCAACUUCUGUACAACCGCACUGCCUGUCAGUAAUCGCGAGAAGAUGUUUUGCCUGUCUCAAGAUCUGUCCCUGACAGCGAGCAGUCCCCUUGAACGUGACCUGGCAGUGGACUGUGCAUAGGAGAGUCCCCUGGAGCAUGUAGCAUGCACAGGCACAGUGCUGGGCUCCAAAUUGUACUUCCCCCCUCUGGACGAUACUUCCUCCAAAAAGGACAGAACCAGUUGGAUUUUUCAUCCACCCACCUUGGGGAUAGAAUGAAUAACAGCUCUGGGAAGAGAAGUGCACUGCCGAAAGGGAAGACUAUGGUCAAGCGGUUAGAUCGGGAGAUUGGCAGUUAGGACUCAUGGGCUCUAUUCCCAGCUCUACAAAUGCACCAUUGUGAGACCUUGGACAAAUCGCUUAAUCUUGGCUUCCCCCUUUGUCAAAGGGGCUGAUAAUACUCAUCUUUCAAGAGGAUUGUGAGGGUUAGUUCAUUCCUUAAUAUUUCUAAAGUGCUUUGAAAUCUUCACAUUAAACGCCCCAGCCAUGCAAAGUA